AUGGGUGCAGGAGCCAGCGCUGAAGACAAAAAGUCUAAGGAGUUGGAGAAACAACUCCAGGAAGAUGCUGACAAGGAGUCCAAAACUGUCAAGCUGUUACUGCUUGGUGCUGGUGAGUCAGGGAAAAGCACCAUUGUAAAACAAAUGAAGAUUCUUCAUCAAGGUGGUUACACAAAAGAAGAGCAACUGGAGUUUAGAGCAGUCAUCUAUGGCAACAUCCUGCAGUCUGCUCUAGCUAUCAUUAGAGGCAUGGAGAUGCUUGCCAUUGAUUUCGGCUCACCAUCUUCACAGGAGAAUGGACAGAAGUUGCAGAACUUGUCAGACUCCAUUGAAGAAGGCACAAUGCCCCCUGAGCUGGCUGAUGUCAUUCAGAAGCUGUGGAAAGACUCUGGUGUGCAGGCCGCCUUUGAGAGAGCUGCUGAGUACCAGCUUAAUGACUCUGCUGGCUACUACCUCAGUGAAAUGGACAGAAUCUGCAAGUCAGACUAUCUCCCCACUGAGCAGGAUGUGCUGCGAUCUCGAGUCAAAACAACUGGUAUCAUCGAAGAACAGUUCUCCUGCAAAGAGUUGCACUUCAGGAUGUUUGAUGUGGGUGGCCAGAGGUCAGAGAGAAAGAAGUGGAUCCAUUGUUUCGAGGGUGUAACCUGCAUCAUCUUCUGUGGAGCUCUCAGUGCAUACGACAUGGUGCUCGUAGAGGAUGAUGAAGUUAACCGCAUGCACGAGUCCCUCCAUCUAUUCAACAGUAUCUGCAACCACCGAUUCUUUGCACUGACUUCCAUCGUGCUUUUCCUCAACAAGAAGGAUCUCUUUGAAGAGAAGAUCAAGAAAGUCCAUCUGAGUAUCUGCUUCCCAGACUAUGAUGGUCCCAACACAUAUGAUGAUGCCAGCAACUACAUCAAGACACAGUUCUUGGACCUGAACAUGAAGAAGGGUCAAAAAGAAAUCUACUCCCACUUGACCUGUGCCACAGACACAAAGAACGUUGAGAUUGUGUUCAACGCCGUGACAGACAUCAUCAUCAAAGAAAACCUUAAAGAUUGCGGUCUUUUCUAAACAUCUCCAGAGAGCAGAGAGAAUGUCUUUUCCAACCUUAACCCCUCACAUAUUGGCAUUAACUAAGAAAUGUACUGAUGGAGCACA